GUGACAGGAAUAGAUACAUUUACACAAAGUAAUUACGAAGAUACAGACUGCAAACUUCUCUGCGGACACAAUUAAGGGUUUCAAAGGAUAGAAACAAAGAAAACAUCUCAGCACUUGUGAAAACAUGAAGACAUUGUGAUAAGCCAAUAAUGCAAUCGAUGCGGUCUUUCCUGAGGGGCCUGUGUCGCAGGAAGCCCCUGGAACCGGAGGGAGAGGUCUCCACAUUUCGCCGCUGUCUUACGACUUUGGACCUGGUGGCUUUGGGAGUGGGCAGCACCUUAGGGGCCGGAGUCUACGUGCUUUCAGGGGAGGUGGCCCGGACCCUGGCUGGACCAAGUAUUAUCAUCUCUUUCCUCAUUGCUGCUUUAGCUUCUAUCUUUGCUGGGCUCUGCUACGCUGAGUUUGGUGCAAGGGUUCCUAAGACCGGAUCUGCCUAUCUGUACAGCUAUGUGACUGUAGGAGAGGUGUGGGCCUUCAUCACAGGAUGGAAUUUGUUACUAUCCUAUGUCAUCGGCACAUCAAGUGUGGCCAGGGCAUGGAGCGGUACAUUUGAUGAUCUCAUUGGAAAUGUGAUGGCUGAUUAUUUUAGCAAAUAUGCAGCUAUGGGGCUGCCUGGCCUGGCAGCCUACCCAGACUUCUUUGCAGCUGGUCUCAUAAUGAUACUUUCUGCUCUUCUUGCGUAUGGUGUGAAAGAAUCAACUACGGUCAACAAGAUAUUUACUAGUGUUAAUAUACUGGUGUUGAUAUUUGUCAUCACUGCUGGCUUCAUUAAGGGAAACCUGCAGAACUGGUUUAUCACAGAAGACAUCAUCCUGAAUGCAACAGCACUGCAUAACAACCUGACAUCCACCGUCAAUGUCACUACUGAGUACGGAGUAGGUGGCUUUUUUCCAUUUGGAUUUGAAGGGACACUGGCAGGGGCAGCUACAUGUUUCUAUGCAUUUGUUGGCUUUGACUGCAUUGCAACUACAGGCGAAGAGGUGAAGAACCCUCAGAAGUCUAUACCUGUGGGUAUUGUGGCCUCUCUGCUUAUCUGUUUCCUGGCGUACUUUGGCGUUUCUGCUGCUCUCACAUUGAUGGUGCCAUACUACCAACUCAACAUUCAAAGUCCUCUGCCUGUGGCCUUUGCUGACAUUGGCUGGCCUGCAGCAAAGUAUGUUGUGGCAGUCGGGUCGCUGUGUGCGCUGUCAACAAGUCUCUUAGGGUCCAUGUUUCCAAUGCCCCGUGUCCUGUUCGCCAUGGCCAGAGAUGGACUCAUGUUCAAAUCACUAUAUAAAGUCAGCUUACGGCAGAGUCCAGUGGUGGCCACACUAUCCUCUGGAACUGUGGCGGCAAUAAUGGCUCUUUUAUUUGACCUGAAGGCAUUGGUUGAUAUGAUGUCGAUUGGAACCCUCUUCUCCUACACACUUGUGGCUAUUUGUAUUCUCAUACUAAGGUAUCAAGAGACAGCUUCAGAGGAAAAUGAUUUGCGCACACUCACAACCUCCACCUUUGGGUUUUUGAAACCCCCUUCGAACCCUACCAAAGAAACUUCAAGCACUGUUACAACCUGCACAGUUUUUCUUGUUGCGUUGGUGCUUAUUCUGUCACUGCUGAUGAGCAAAGCUAUCAGAUCUUUGUUGUUGCUGGAGCUUUGGAGUGUUAUGAGUGUAUCCGUGAUCCUGGUCAUAAUGUUCCUCACAGUCCUCAUUAUCUGGAGACAACCCCAGAACCCAACCAAAGCCUCCUUCAUGGUACCGUUCUUGCCUUUACUCCCUGUGGUGAGUGUGUUCAUCAACAUUUACUUGAUGGUUCAACUGGGAGGAGACACCUGGGUUCGCUACGCUGUGUGGAUGGCUGGCGGAUUCCUCAUAUACUUUGGAUAUGGAGUGAGGAACAGUGUCCAGAGGCAAAGGUUACUCAGCAGUCAGGUCACCAUUGAAACCACUGAAUCCAAAUCUGAUAAAGAUGGACCAAAAUAAAUUGAUAAACCACAACUUCUUUGCACCUGUCACAUCCGUCAAGUAGAUGCCAGUUCAGCAAGCAACUUUCUUUCUCUUUCUUUCUUUCUUUCUUUCUUUUACUAGAACUUUCAUCGUAUUUGCAGUGAAAUAAUCUGUCUUUUUAUACUUUUUAUAAUAAAUGAAUAAAUAAAUAAAUACUGAAUCUUCAAGUUGACUAUGACAUCUUUUGUUAAACUAUACACCACCGUUCAAAAGUUUGGGGUUGGUAAGAUUUUUUUAAUGCUUUUGUAAGAAGUCUCUUAUGCUUUAAACAGAAACAUUAUGAAAUAUUAUUACAAUUUAAAAUAUCUGUUUUCUAUUUUAAUAUAUUUUAUGUGUGAUGGCAAAGCUGAAUUUUCAGCAGCCAUUACUGUCACAGAUUGCUGAAGAUGAGGUGAGAUGAAGCAGAUCUAUAAUGCAGCGUAUCUUUAUUAAAUGAAACAAAAGAGUAUAAUCCAACACAAAAAUAAUCCAAACAUGCGAAGGCAACGUAACAACACCAGACAAUGAACUAAAGAAACUGAGGGCGUUAUUCACAGAGAACUAAUUCUCAAAUUAGGAACAGGUUUGGGUAAAUCAAUGAAACAAUGAAUAACCAAGGCAACAUUAGAUGAAAAACAUUUAAUGUUGCCACAUAAGAUGAAAAUUAGAUGAAAAACAAACUAAGGGGCCGAUUACACAACAACGUUUUCAACUAAAAACAGAAAACGUUUUAUGUGUUUUGGCUGUUCAUUUACAUGACAACGGCGUUUUGGGGGCCUGAAAACACAAAUGGGAUCCAAAGUGGAAGUUUUUAAACUGAUACCAUUAUCAUCUCUGUGUAAACUACAAAAACGGGAAUUUGUGAAAACAAAGACGUCAUGCGCAUGUGUAUUACGUGUUCAGUCUAUAGAUUGGAGCAGGUAUAAUGUCACUUUGUAGGCCAAAACGCAGAAGCGAGUUAGCAUUUUAGCACUUCUUUUUCCAGCGUGCCAUUUUGAAUGGGAUAUUAGGAUAUUAGGAUUUUGGGGAUUUUUUUUUCAUAAACUUUUGUUGAUCACAGAGCUUUUUUGUUGUUGUUGUUGAGAUAAUCCAAAAGCCUAUGGAAAAAUCACCUUAUUUUCAGGCCAUUUGUAAAUUUAAUGUGUCUGGCUUCCGGUGUCAUUCGCUUCCAGUUCUUUUAGCUGUACAAAACAGCUUGUUAUGCUGCUUGAUAUUGCAAACUGGUAUUUCUUACCAUAUUAUUUUAAUGCAUUGUCUUAAUUAUAAAGACGCAAACAGUUUUACAGUUUAUGCACUUUGUUAUUUCCCUAUAGCAGCUAAUAAAUCUGAAGUCUCGCACAUUCACAGAAAACACCUUACUUCCACAUUGAAAAAUAAGAUGGAUUGGGUUUUUGUUGAGGGAACCAGUGUGAUGCUAACUGCCGGGUGGCCUAUAAAGUGAAGUCUUACCUAUAGUGUUUCUUGACAAAGUGACAUCGCCAUCUAUUGGCCUGGCAAGAAUAAUACAGUAUUUUUAGUAGUUUUAGUCGUUUUCAUGGAGCCGUGUGAUGGGGAUCAUUUUAACAACAUUGUCACCUAUACACAAAAAAAACGCAAAUAAAAAAAUCUGUUUUUAGUACAUUGUUGUUGUGUAAACCCUAAAAAUCCUUGAAACAGAAAACACGGAUUGUGAUUAAAAUGCAGUGGUUACUUCUAAUUUGAAAUGGCUAGAUAUUUUUGUUAAAGGCCAGUUUACUUGUUAUAAAGCAAGUAAACAAUAUAAUAAUAAUAAUAAUAAUAAAAUAUCCACAACCAGUAUCAGAAUCGCCCAAUUUGAU